AUGACUUUUAGGCUAUUCAACAAAUAUUUUUCAUAUGAUUCUACGAGAGAUAUUGGCCAAAUACUGCUAGAAAGGUUUUCCAUUUCACCAAAUUCAUACUAUACCAUUAAUAAUCAUGGAAUUAUAGAAAUUAGAUUUAGAUGCAAUGGUGGUAAAGGAAAUUUUGGUCGUGCAAUUAAGAGAGAAGGUGAAAGAAGAUCUAGAAGACUUCCUAGAUUUAAAGAUUCAUGCCGAACAUUAGGCGGAAAAAGAAUCGGAACACUUAAAGCAAAGAAAAGAAUAGAAGAACUUAAACAAAAGAUAGAAGAAAGAGAAAAUAUCAAGAAUGCAAACAAAGAAUUAAGACUUAAAACAAAUAAAGAAAAAGAAAUCCAAUUACUUACAGAGAGAGAGAAUGAUACAAAAGAAAUGGUCGUCAAAUCUAUGGAGUUUGCUUUUGAAAAUAAACUUCCUGAAAGACAGUCAGUAAAAGAAGAAAAUGUUUUCACAAAUAUUAAUAUUGACGACAUUCUAGAUGAAUCAGAUAGUGAUGAUGAAAAUGAAGAUUGA